AUUUUUAUUUCAAGGGGGAAAUUCGUUCAUAAAAUAAAAAGAAUAAAACGAAAAAUUAAAUAUGAAGUUGAAGAUAAAAAAAAGUUUAAAUUACAACAAUCAAAAUUCCAACAGAAAAAUCAGAUAAUAGUGUGCAAUAAUAAUAAAACUCGGUACAUUAUGAUCCUGCAGUCAACGUGGAAUCGAUGAGAAGUUUUCUGGAGGGGGCAGACUGACGCCCACAUGCUGCCAUAUGGUCAGCAGAGCGCUGGGUGUCAGAGCGGGGAUGUUACCUCUGUCCCCCCGGAGGCCGAACACCCUGCGGCCGCAGAACAGGGAGCAAUUUCCCUUCUCAUUCCUCCUCAUCUCCUCUGGCAACCAGCAACUCUGCCGUAAAAUGUAACUGUCCGAGAAAACAAUAAUCAACGCAGGGUGAGAGGGUAAUUAAGUUUCACUAAAACACAGCAUGAUCUCUCCUCAUCCUCGUGAAUCCAUAGAUUUUAUUUUUAUGUAGGCGAUUGAAAAUCACAAUAAGUUCAAAUAAAUUACGAUUUUGCAUGAUAAACAUCUUGCGCGUAAAAUUGUCAUGAAAUGUCCAGACAACACAAGAGGCCACAGUGAACAUAUUUUUUGGCAGCUGUUGAAAAUAAAGUGGAUGAGUUCUCAAAAAAAAAACUUAUUGGCCUACUGCGUUGAUCAGUAGGCUAUUACAAGACAGAAUUAAAAAAAAAAAAAAAAAAAAAAAGAACUGACCAGAUCGUCCCAAGAAGAGAAGUUUCUGAUCCGCGAGAUAAGAGAAGAAGAGCGAGAGAAAAGAAAAGAAAGAAGAGGAGAUGAGAUGAGAUGAAAAAAAAAAAAAGGUAAGAGGAGAAAAGAAGAAGAGAAGAGAGGCGCGCUGUGCCCCCCAACAGUGUCCCGACAAUGGCAGUGAAUGGUUGCGCACCGCGGUCACUGGGACAGUCAAAGCACACCGCCCCCUUUUCUAACGGGCACGUCAUCCUCCUAACGAGGCGUUAUGAAUAGGAAAGGCGCUUUUGUCUGCCGGCGUGUAUAAAUACCAUCAUCAGUGUCCUCCUCACCGCAGAGACACAGAAAGAGAGAGGCAGGAGAGAGAGAUAGAAAGUCAGAGGAAGAUUGGUCAGCGGUGUGAUAAGAGGGACAGAACCGCGGGACAGGAGGCAUCCAGGCAACAUCAGGUGACCAGAGUUACUUCAGAAAAGAGAGAGAGAGAGAGAGAGCUAGAGGAGAAAGUUAGUGUGAGAGAAAGUGAGAGAGAGAGAGGGAGGAAGCCAGCAGCGACCUCCUACCCAAACAACCUCGGAAGCGAACCCAUAAAAUGAAUUCAGACUCCAGCCUGAGUAGCAGAUCCUCCUCUCCGGACAUGGACGUCAUGUCUCUCCGUGACCACCACCCGCUCCACCAUCACCACCUCCAUCACCUCGUCGGCUCCUCCGUGUCCUCCUCCACGCAGGGCGGCGAGCGCCAGAAGAUUACCGGCGGAGAGCACGCCCUGCGCUCCGGAGACAAGUCAUCAUCUGAGGAGAGCAACAAGUACAAGCUGAAGAAACAAGUCACCGAGGAGGACAUGUAUCACCUGCGGCUCAAGAUUAACGGCCGGGAACGGAAACGAAUGCACGACCUUAACUUAGCCAUGGACGGCCUUCGCGAGGUGAUGCCGUACGCGCACGGGCCAUCGGUGCGGAAGUUGUCAAAGAUCGCCACGCUACUUCUGGCCAGGAACUACAUCCUGAUGCUCACGAGCUCCUUGGACGAGAUGAAGCGGCUCGUUGGGGAGAUUUACGGCGGGCAGCACUCGGCUUUCCAUUGCGGGACCAUGUCGCACGCAGCUGGCCCCGGUGGACACUCCGGGGGCCCCGCCGCCGCCGCCGCUGCCGCCGCCGCCGCCGCCGCUGCCGCCGCGCACCAGGUGCAUCCUCUGCUCGGCAGCGCGCUAACUUCCUCCACCUCCUCAACUCUCACGAGCGCGCUGCCGGGACUCACGUCACUCCGGGCACCCCACUCUCUGAUGAAGAGCUCCCCGGCUGCGCCCCCGGCCCUGCAGCUGGGCCCCGGCUUCCAGCACUGGGCUGGAUUGCCGUGUCCCUGCACCAUCUGUCAGGUGCCCCCGCCUCCGCACAUCCCCAUCACCUCCGCCGGCCUCACGAGACUCACAAGCGACGGCAAGGACGGACUGAAAUGAUGCCCACAGACACACAGAGACUGAGAUGUGAUGAUGAUUGUAAAUAGAAAAUUCUGGGCAUGAGGGUGGAUUCGGCCUCACCCGUGCAUGCUGUUGUGUUGUAUGUUUUCUUGUUUGGCGUAUGAGAAAAACGUUUUAUUUCCCUCCUUGUAACAAGGACUUUAAAGACUGCUGAUGACGGUGAAAAGUUAAGGCUGCGUGUCAUACAACAAGCUGCCACGAACCUCCUGUGUGUGUGUCUGAGUUUUAGUCCCACGAUGUGAAAGGUGAACGAGGCUGCAUGAACAUUUUUCAUUUGUAUUUUUCUUUAUCAGGCCUUAUUUUGUGAAAACGAAGAAUGCUCUCUGUGCCUUGUACCAAGGAUUUUAAACUUGAGUUCUAUAUGAAAAUAUGAAAUCUAUGUGUUUGGCUAAAAGGAUUCUGCUGCCACUGCGGACAUUUUUUUUUGUAAAUUUUGUUUCUUUGAGUCUUGCUGUUUGUCCAUCUGUGCUUCAAAUGUGUUUUUUAUUUGUAUCAUAUUUUUUGCAUGAUGGUAGCUUCAAUAAUUGCAGCAUGAUUGUUUUUGCUGAACCGACUUUGUUAUGCCCAGAGACCACGUGUCUUUAUUUUUGUACAUUGUUGAUGAAAUAUUUAUUAUUGCCCAGCGUCCUGGUUGAAAUUUCAAUAAAACUGAAAUUAUGA